AUGGAACCUGCUCCUGCAGCAGAGCGAGUCGCCAACGCCGCUAACAGCCGUGCUGCACCUGCUGAUGCACCUCCUGCUGUUCCUCCUCCUACUGGAGCACGUGCUGAGCCUCCUACUGCAGCAGCAACUGCCUUUGGCUCCUGCCCUUCGGCCCUGCCUCGUUUUGUCCAUGGCAAGACCGACGUCGAGACUUGGCUCUCCAUUGCGGAGGACUUUAUGUCCAUCCACAAUGUGCGUAGCGAGGCUCGUGUGGUCGCUGCAACCCUUGCCCUGGACGACACUGCGAGCAAGUUGGUGUAUGCCAACAAGCGCCACGCAGAGGCUAAUGGCCAUCCUUUUGGCUGGGAGGAGUUCAAAGCUGCCAUGCUGGCGGCAUUCCUGAGUCAGCCCCCGGCGCUCGAGGUGCGUAGCCGCCUGGAGAACAUCCAGUGCGGUGACCAGCCUGUACGCGAGUACGCCAAGGAGUUUGAGAAAACUCUGUCGCUGCUGAAGACUGCUCUUCCUGAGAGCGAGGUCAUCCACCAGUUCUUCAAGGGUCUCCCUGAGCACAUCAAGCGUGUGCAUGUUGUGCGCGGGGAGCACCAGUGGAGGACCUACAAGGAGUGCAAGGAGCAGGUCAUUGACACGGAUGUGAAUUUCCGUGCGUACAUGACUCACGCUCGUGCUCAGCAGCAGCCUAGUGCCGAAGGCCCUAGGGGGGGUGGUAACAGGACUCAGGCACACAGGGGCAGUGGCUCUUGGAAGAGGCCCUAUCAGCAGAAGGGGGAAUCCUCUGGGACUCAGUCCAAGAGGGCCCAUGCUGGGCCUGCCAAGGAUCCUCAGGAUGAGGAUAAGCCCCCGGCAGGCUGCCGCAUCUGUGGCAAGCUCGGGCACAAGUCCUAUCACUGCCGUUGGAGGAAGUCCGUCAAGAACUCCGGCAAGCCCAACCAGGGCAAGAAGCCGGAUGGUUCUGGCCCUUCGGGCCCGAAGGAUUUUCCGAAGUCCAACUAG